UGCAGCUAAAAUGCAUACUAUACAAAUGUUUCAUGAGUCAAAAUGUACUUCAACAAAAAAACUGUCCUCAUACAUUGUAAAAUUCCCUCUGUACAAUGACACAAUUAUGUCCAUAUACAUUUCUAACUUUCCCUCACUAUUCAUCUCUCUCUCUUUUCUCAUAUAAUAUAAACAAACAACAAUUUGAAGUUUAAUAUACCUUAUGUUAAACCUCUUUUAUUCCUAUAUAGGUUUGGCAUGUAUAUGAAGUUAUGAACUUCACAAAAGUUUAAGAUAAGAGAACCAACUAUGUAUCAACAUUGGUCAAGGAUGUAUGGAACACAAUGGGAAUCCUACAUGGGAAUCAACAACCUAGUUAAGGUUGUUGGAUCUGAACAGAUGAGUUUUGAGCCAAUCAAAUCACCUUGCAACAACAACAUUGUCAGUUCGAAUUUUCAAGGUGAAGAAGAAUACUAUGAUGAGGAUGAGAUUGAAGUUCCUGAUUGGUGUUUUGAUAACUUCCCAAAGAUAACAGAUCCUCCAUUGCUGAAUUGUCAAGCCUCUGGAGAUAACUUCACUGCUUCUCAGUUCACAAACUCCUUGUACUCCGUUGAUGAAUCUUUGGUGUCCAAUACUGAAGAUAGUCAUAAUUCUUCUGAAGAAGAGUAUAGUAAUUUUCAGUCUGGGAAUAUGUCGUUCUAUAAUCACUUUCCUCAGAAACAUGAUGAAUUUCUGAAGAAUGAUGCUUUCUUAGAUGAGAAGAAGCCCCUUGAAAUUUCCUUUCAGAGAACUGAGUCAGGGUCAUGUACAAAGUCACAAAAGCAUAGUCCUCAACUUUAUGGAACCACCUGUGUCACUUCUAGCAACUCUGGUUCAAGGAAAACUCUAACAAGUAAAAGAAGAAUAAGAUGGACAGAAGCACUGCAUGAAUCAUUCAUGAUGAUAGUGGAACACCUUGGUGGUCCAGAAAAAGCAAAGCCUAAGGCAAUACUAGAUAUGAUGAAAUCAAAUUCGCUAUCACUUUCUCAUGUUAAAAGUCAUUUACAGAAAUGUAGGUCGACUAUACGCUUACAUAAAGCUUUGCAGGAAAGAUCUAAGGAAGGAUUUAGAACAGAUAGAGUCACAGAACUUCAACACAAAAUCAGCCUUAUGCAAAUCGAGGAAUCGCAGAAGUUGCAACUAGAGGUUCGAAAAAGUAUUUCACAGCAGCUAGAGAUGCAAAGAAAUUUGCAAGCACUAAUUGAAGAACAUAGCAAGAAGCUCAAAGUAAUGCAAAGAGAAAACACCAACCAAAGAAUAUCAUUGACACAACCAGAAGGUCAAUAGUCACAAAGUUGAAGUCUGUAAAACAUUGAUUCUUCGAUUGUUUGGUAGAGUUUUGAUGCCUUCUAAGUCGACAAUAAGGGAGACUAUCUUUCAUAUUGGAUGACAAGAUCCAACAUCAUUACUUGCCAAGGAAGAUUGAUAUUCUUUAUACAAGAUGUUGUGAUUCAAAUGCACUAAAGAUGAACAAUGUAUAUUGCUGCAAAAAGAUGAUGAAUCAUUAGAAUAACCAUUGUAGACAAUUGUGUUUAUCUUUCCAUAAGUAAUUAAUGGUGAACAUCAGUGGACCGGAUAUUCACUUAGUUUGUUAUUAAAUUGUGAUUAGCAAAUUUUGUUGGAGAGUUUCAGAGUAGUUUAUUUAUGGCAAAAUAGUCUUUUUCGUACUGUA